AUGGCUCGGCUCAACACCCGACCGGGUUCUUCUGAUAAUGACAGCGCGAGAACCCCCGGCUCACCGGGCCGCCAGACGCCCGAAACAUUGACUACCCCUCCUUCGCCUGCUCACUCCGACUCAGAGGAUGAACCGCGGAGCCGAAAUAGUAAAGAAAAGAGAAAGAGUGCAGCUGCAGGCUUGUCAGAUAGAACACCCGCCCAACCCCGGAAGCGGGGACGAACUGGCGGCGAUGACUCUCAAACGCCGUCUGCGCACCAGUUCUACGAUCCCGAACAAGCGCCCGAAGAACGACGGCGGCUGCGAAAGGGCUUCCGGAAUCUCUUGUCGGAGCUACAUGACUCGCGAGCAGAGUACCUACAGCCAAACUCAAAGGGUCUGGAGGAGACUUUGAGAAAAGCAGACGAGCUCUACAAGGAUGUCAAACAGACGUCAGAAGCCACCAUCGACUCCCGGCUAAUUCUGGAGGCAGCAGACUUGUCAUACAGGAAGAUCAACAACAUCACGCUUGGUGAUGGCACAACUGGAAUCGAUGUGGAUGAUUUCGUCACGAAAUGUAUCGCCUUCAUGAAACAAGGCGAUGAACCGGGCAGACGAGGCGCGCCUCGUAACACACAAACACAAGGCCGGCGAAGGAAUCAAGACGACGACGACGACGACGAUGACGCUGGUGACACCAUGAAUUGGGAUUAUCUAGGGAGGAAUGCUUGCUUCUUGUACAACUCUCGCCCCUGUCUGACCGGUUUUCUCCUUGGUCCGCUGUCGGUGCAGAAGAAAGUCCGACAACAGACGCAGAGAAAGGCCCGCGAAGCCCGGACACAACCCGGUGAGGCAGUUCGGCCCGUUCAGUUGGGUCCAGAAGACUUGGAAAAACAAGAGUCAGCCAAUCUUACAGAGAUAUGCACAGAGAUUGCGUUUCUCUUGAAGAAGGCAAUCCAGAAGAACAGUGAAGCUGCGCAAAACGAGUUGAACGACCUCGAGGAACUCGAGGAUGAUAUCUCGGAAGAACAGGCACGCGAGAUUCUUCGGCGACACUGCAUUGCUGACAAUGAAUGCAUACCGUUGUUCAACUUUUGUAUCAACCCCAAGUCAUUCGGACAGUCGGUGGAGAACAUGUUUUACGUGAGCUUCCUAAUCAAGGAGGGAAAGGUUGGACUGGACCUUGAUAGUCAAGGGUUGCCAACGCUGGGCAUGGCAGAAGUGCGGUCGAUGGAGGAGAGACAGGAGACACGCCGGAACCAAGUCAUUUUCACCCUCAGCAUGGAAAUUUGGGAGGACAUCAUCGAGAGCUUUGGUAUCAAGGAGAGCAUCAUUCCCCAUCGAAACGAGGAGGAUUACGACGACGGGACUCGGGACUAUGCGCAUAUGGAGGGCGAGGGCGGUCAAAGAGACGAAGAAGAGGAAGACUCGGAUGCCUACGCCUAG